UUAGUUGUGCUGUUCCUUUUUACCAUGCGAGACGACAUCGAGUUCAACAUAAAGUUCUGUGAGGAAGUUGAACAAUAUCCAUGUUUGUACGACAACAGUCGUUCAGAUUACUGCAACAGAAGUGCGCAGGAUCAGGCCUGGCAGAAAAUUGCUCAAUCUUUGGAUAACCAAAAGGUAUCUAUAAACUAUUUACUAAACAGACACGGCAGUCGUGGCAACAGAACGAUGGAAUCGCUGUCAAUCACAUUCUCGUACUGUGGCUUUGUGAAUGACCCAGAGGAUCUAAAUAUGGGUAUUCCCACUAAAAUUUUGCCAUUAGUGUUUUUUUAUUUAUAUUUCAAACAAAAUAUCAGUCAUUGCAAUGCAGUAAGUAGUUCUUUAUUUUCAGUGGCUGACUGCAAGGAGAGAUGGAAGAACGUGAGAGGGCGUUAUGCUAAAUAUAAGAAGCAAACAAAACUACCGUCUGGAUCUGCCACUAAAAAAAUUAAACAGUACUAUUUGGCUGAGCACCUCAAUUUUUUGGAUAACUUCCUUAAAUCACGGCAGAGUAAAAGUAAUAUUACUGAAGUCGAGACAGCACAAGAAGAAGAAGAACAAAACAGUGAAGACGAACAGCUGGAUGACGGUACUGUUGAAGAACGUGAUGCCACUCAAGAUUCUGCCCAAGAUGCCAACCUUCCCACUACUGGUGAUACUUCAAAAGGAAGUAGACCUGCUCCUAUUCCGCCUACUCUAACCACGGAACAAAAAAAGGAUAGUGGGCACAGAAGGAGGAAAACGCCAUUUACAAGUUUAUCUCACGUAAACAGUUCUGCAUUCAAGUAUUUUGAGACGAAACAACGGUUACUAAACCAAACAUCGCAGAGAACCUCUACCGAACCUGACCCCGACUUGGUUUUUUUGCAUAGUAUUUUGCCAGACAUGAAAGCUAUGGAUGCUAGGCAAAAAAGACAAUUCAAAAUUGGAGUAAUGAAAUUAGCAGAUGAAACACUUAAUAACGUGGAGAUUUCUUCAGUUUAUUUUGCAUCAAGUAGAUCCUCAGCAAGUACAUUUAACUACACAUCACCGUCAGUGGAUCGCUUUGCUCCUAACAAUGAAGCUGCAAUGGACUUCGGCCAAACGGUAGAAGAGGAGGGAGAUUUUAAUAUUAAGAACUACUUGUAUAUGAUGCCUAAAUAGUUUGCUUCUA